UGGAAGAUGCUCAGUGGUCCUUUGAUGAGCAUCCUUUGCCCUGGGAAGGAGGCAAGCGAGAGGCUGGGUACCACCAUCACCACACGCCAGCCUUCUUUGAGGUUUCUAAGCAACCGCUUUCUGUCUGGACGCAACCUUCACCCACUUGGAGCCUCUCCCAGAAUCAAAGGCAUCAUGACGCUGGCAGCAUACAAAGAAAAAAUGAAAGAGCUCCCCCUGGUGUCCCUUUUCUGCUCCUGCUUCCUCUCAGACCACUUAAAUAAACCAUCCUAUAAAUACGAGGUAGACACAGUUGACCUCACCUGGUGUGUGAUUUCUGACAUGGAGGUCAUCGAACUCAACAAGCGCACCUCAGGGCAGUCCUUCGAGGUUAUCCUGAAGCCGCCCUCCUUCGACGGAAUCCCCGAAUUCAAUGCCUCCCUGCCCCGAAGACGCGACCCUUCGCUGGAGGAGAUCCAGAAGAAACUAGAAGCUGCAGAGGAACGCCGUAAGUACCAGGAAGCAGAGCUCUUGAAGCACCUAGCAGGAAAGCGGGAGCACGAACGGGAGGUCAUCCAGAAGGCGAUCGAGGAGAACAACAACUUCAUCAAGAUGGCCAAAGAGAGGCUGAUACAGAAAAUGGAGUCCAACAAAGAGAACCGAGAAGCCCAUCUAGCUGCCAUGUUGGAACGCCUGCAGGAAAAGGACAAACACGCCGAGGAAGUCCGGAAGAACAAGGAGCUAAAAGAAGAGGCCUCCAGGUAAAGAGGCCCCGCAGCUCAUAACCGUUCGGACUAAAAGCUCCAAGGGAAGAUGGCGUGUGGCAGGCGGCGGUCAUGGCGGCAACUGUCUCGAGCGCAAAAAGUGUUAAACUGACGAAUUGGGAUUGUCCUCUGCUUUUGGUGUUUGUGAAUGUGAAGACAAAAAAAAAGAGAAUGGGUUGGUGAAACCAUCUUGGGUGUUUCAGGGAGGGAGGGAAGGGGUUGGGCGUGGGCACGGACCCCCUCAAGACAGCGGGAUGUUGUUUUCUAAGCCCAAGUUCGGUCGGGUUUUCUUUAUCCACAAAAUGGCGGGCGGUUCACAAUGGAACCCGAUGCACUUAGUAGAAAUGGAGGUUUACAAGGGGGAUGGUGCCUCGAGGGGUUGGGGGUGGAAGUUCCCGAAAAGGAAAAAGGGUGUUAGCGAAUUGAGCGAGGGUCUGGGAGUGAGCAGGGGAAAGUCAAGUCACCUCUGGGGUGAAUGUUGUCUUGUGUCUUUUGCCAUUUUUAAUGUUGGUCAUCGGCGUGAAAAGAACGUUUCACGUUGCUUCCCAUUAACUUCAUUUUCUCUCCUAACUCCAAGCUAUCGCAAAGCUGACGUAGUUUUACCGAAGGCGACUGUGGUGGCGACUCGAAACCCGCAUGCCUUGGUUUUUAAAAAUAGUAAUAGUAGUAAAAUAAUUGUCCAAUCUGCACCACAGAAAUAAUGCCAUGACUCCAU